UUUUUUUUUUUAAUCCGAUUCCUAGUCGGACAGUCAGUCUACAAUAGGUGUUUCUGCUCUAUAGUGUUUCUAAUCCAACGCUAGCUGGUGCGUAACCGCCGUAAUCCAAAUUAAAGCUGCUGGUGACCAUCUGCUGUCUCCUUACGCAGCUCAGCCACGCACUACUUUGUUACUGCAUCCACCUCAGUCCGCCCCCUCUGCUCACGUCUACGUGUAUGUGUAUGUGUGCCGGGCGGAGUAAUUCGUGUGGGUAUCUCUUGCGUGCGUGUGCGUGUGCGUGAGGGGGAGAGCGAGAGAAGGAGGAGAGAGAAAGGGGGAGGGAGGGAGCUGUACGGCUGCUGGUUGUCACUCAUUGUGCCUCGAACACUGGUAGCGACAAGGACCAAAAAAAAAUUGAGUUCGGUUUCAGUUGUUAUUCCUGGAGAGGCUGAUUCCUGCUCUUCUCUGUCUUUUUGGUUUGUUUCUGCAUCACCAGGAGCGACAGCCCGUGUGUUUAAAGUGCGAUUCCUCCUGCAGGAGAAUAUCUGUGAGACGUUUACAAUGCUUCAAAUUAGGGACUUCAUCUUCAUCAUCUGGGGACUGCUUCUCGCUGGAUGCGCAGCUGAUCUCCAGGUGCAGAUCACUCCGACGCAGGGAGAAAUCAGCGUAGGAGAAUCAAAGUUUUUCCUCUGUGAAGUGGUGGGAGAUGCCAAAGACAUCGACUGGUACUCCCCCAGCGGUGAGAAGAUCCUCCCCAACAGGCCUGACAUAUUUGUGAGCCGCAGUGACGAGAGCACGUCCACCCUCACGAUCUACCACGCCAGCACCGACAACGCCGGCAUCUACAAGUGUGUAGCCAAGAACGGUGACAAGGAGGCACAGUCCACGGUCCAAGUGAAGAUAUUCCAGAAGAUCACCUUCCCCAAAGCUCCCAGCCCACAGGAGUUCAACGAAGGGGACGAUGCCGACAUCGUCUGCGAGGCAGUCAGCUCUCCUCCGCCCAACAUCAUCUGGAAACACAAGGGCUCCAAGAUCCAACCAGCCAAAGAUGUGCGAUACAAGAUGAUGAAUAAUGGCCACCUGCAGAUCCGCGGCAUCAAGAAGAUAGAUGAAGGCACCUACACCUGUGAGGCCCGUGUGAUGGCCAGGGGAGAAAUUGACUUCAGGAUAAUCAAGGUCAUAGUUAAUGUACUUCCUACCAUCCGUGCCAGAAAGCUGGAGGUCAACGCCACAGCAGACAUUGGUAGCUUUGCCACGUUGGCUUGUGACGCAGACGGUUUCCCUGAACCCAAGGUCACCUGGGCCCGUAACAACGACGCCCUCAAGCCUGGCGAUAAGUACACCCUGAAUGACGAUGGUUCAGAGCUGGUGAUUGAAGGUGUCACCAAACUGGACGAAGGCGAGUACACGUGCAUCGCCAAGAACAAGGCCGGAGAGAAGUCCACAGAAGUCAGCCUGAAUGUUUUUGUUCCUCCAAAGAUCACAUACCUGAACAACCAGACCGCCUCCGAGUUUGAGGAACAAGUCACCCUGACCUGUGAGGCCACAGGUGACCCCACACCGACCAUCUCCUGGAGUUUUGAAAACAAGGUGUUCACUGAAGGACAGCAGAGUCUGGACAGAAACAUCGUGGUCCGCAGCCACGCCCGUGUCUCCUCCCUUACCUUGAAAGACAUUCAGUUCACGUACGCGGGCCAGUAUCUCUGCACCGCCAGCAACGCCAUCGGCCAGGACAACCAGCACAUGUACCUGGAGGUUCGCUAUGCUCCUAAAAUCCUGGGGUUUGUGACAACCUACACCUGGGAGGGAAACCCAGCCAACAUCAGCUGUCAGGUGGACUCUCACCCAGGAGCCUCUGUAGUCUGGUUCAGAGACGGUUUCCAGGUCCCCACUGCCAACACGACCAACAUCAAGGUCUACAACACGCAGACCACCAGCUACCUGGAGGUUACACCUCUGUCAGCCAGUGAGUUUGGAAGCUACAACUGCUCUGCAACAAACUCCAUGGGCACGGAGUCCAAGGAAUUCCUCCUCCUCCAAGCAGACAUGACCAAGAUCACCAUCGCCGGCCUGAAACCAGAGACAGCUUACGAGGUCAAGAUUUCCGCAAUCAACGGCAAAGGCGAGGGCGAGAGCAGCGCCGCCAGCACUUUCAAAACCAAGCCAGUCCGGGAACCCAGUGCUCCAAAAAUACAAGUGAAGGUCCAUAACAGGGGAAAUUCUUUUAAGGUCAACUGGAUCAAACAGGAUGACGGUGGUUCUCCCAUUAAAAAUUACCUGAUCAAAUACAAGGCUAAGGAUGUGUCUCUGUGGAAACCGGAGAUCCGUCUCCCUCACGGGAGUGAGCAUGUGAUUCUGAACAGCCUGGACUGGGACACAGAGUACGAGGUCCAAGUCAUGGCAGAAAACCAGCAGGGCAGAUCUGAGCCAGGCGUCCUGUACUUCAGAACAGCUGCAGAGCCUACUACCAUCCCAGAUGCUAUCGGCGGCGUUUCAGGCCUCAGCACCGGAGCCAUCGUGGGUAUUCUCAUUGUUGUCUUUUUGCUGCUGCUGGUCAGCAUCGACGUCACCUGCUACUUCCUGAACAAGUGUGGGCUCCUUAUGUGCAUCGCUGUCAACUUCUGUGGAAAGACCGGCCCUGGAGCCAAGAGCAAGGACAUUGAGGAGGGCAAGGCAGCGUUCACGAAGGAUGAGUCCAAGGAGCCAAUUGUGGAGGUGAGGACGGAGGAAGAAAAUGCCACGAACCAAGAAGGAGGGGGUCCCACAGAGCCCAACGAGACCACGCCUCUGACAGAAGCUGAUGGUAAAACUGUGAAGGAUGAAAACACCUCUGGCAACGCAGAGGUGAAGAACGCCACGGCUGAGGUGAAGACGGUCCCCAACGAGGCUCCGCAGUCCAACGGCAACGAGAGUAAAGCAUAAUGUCCCGGUGUUGAGACGGGGAAAUAGUGGUUGGGUUAGGAAUGUCGGAAGGGUCGGGGGUUUUUAAGAAUAAUCCAGAAAGAGGUCGCAGUCACUGAAACCUCAACGCAUUGUCACACACCGCCCCGAGCAUCAGAAAUAGAGGAAAAUGUAACAAAAAAAAAGUUAUAAAAAAAAAUAAAAAAAAUUGUGGGUUGUCUUACUUUACAAUGUCUUCUGACCAGGAAAUGUAAAGAGCUGAUGCACAUGCCUUAGUCGAAUUAUGUCAAGUUAAUGAGUCUCACGGGGAAAAAACUUCAAACUCGUAGUCUGUUAAACUUUCUUGUAUGUAAUCGUUCACUGAAAAAUUCCCACUGUUAGACUGUAGCAACCCACACACCAAAACUGACCUGGCCCAGUAGUGGGACACACAAACUAUUAUUAUUUGUCCCACAUAUAAUGUCUAGUACCUUUGGUUGCUCUCUGGGAACUGGUGCAGUUCCUGGAUGGACUUGUGUGGCACAACAUAGGGCAAGAAGCAUGCCUGGGUUGUAGUUUGUGGCCCACAUUGUGGGUCACAUUUUAGCCAAACAAAUAAUCCCGACUUGCCAUAAUUUUGUGUUUAAAAAAAAGUUUUUUAUGUGGCUCAACAUAAGCCCAGAAAAUGUUUUCACCGUUUCUGGUUGAUAUUGUUGGUCUGGGCCACGUGAUACUGUAUGAAGUCCUCUAAUUUAUGUUAGUGUCUUGCCAAAUGUUGAGCCACAUAAAGUACCAAACAAAGGGCAGAAAAUGUCUUGUGUUCACAUGGGCUCCACAUCAUAGCCAACAGAAACCAACCCUGUGCUGGGCCACUGUGGGCCAAAUAAAUAAAGUAGGCCACAUUCUUGAUAGCAACCACAUAUGGAAGGGAACAAAAAAACUAGCUUGGGUUGCAGACCAUAGACCACAUUCUCUGGAUGUUUAUGUGGGUCAUGAAAGGGAACAUUUGGUAAAUGAACUGGCCUACAGGUUAGCAAAUUAAAACCAGAUGUUGCCACUAAUUGUCCCUUUGUUGUUGCUUUGUGUGGCCCACUGUCUGGACUAUGUAUGGACCAAAGUUUUUAACUAAUGUGGGCAAAGUAAAAAUCUAUAUUUCAGUCAGUGGACCAGACCAAUUUUGCUUUGUGGGUUGUAUCACAUUUCACUACCUUGUCUUUUUACACACAUGUGAGAUUGGUCCAUUCCCAAUGAUGUUGUAUGCAGUACGGUUGUUGUGUGGUACAGAAUUCUGGGUCUUUUUUUUUUUUUGGUCAAUACUUGUUGUGUUUGUGCAGAUGUUGUUGCCUAUUUAGCUUUUUUUAAUGUUUUCUUUUUUGUUUGUUUGUUUGUUGGUUUUGUUUUUUUCAGGGCUAGACAUAGAACGUUAGCAUGGCUGUUUCUCUGCAAAGUUACUGUAUUUCUGUACACGUUCCUCUGUAGAUUAUUUUUUUGUUUUGGAUUUUUCUUCUUAAUUCUUGUCUCCAUAUGGUUCCGGUCCAGAAAUCACGUAGUCUAAGCUAUGAGAAAUAGAGAAAAAGACACCAGGGAAAGAUGUAUCAUUGUGUCUAGGUUAAUGGGUUUCUAUCUCGUCGCUUUUAAAAGUUGUUUGUACAAUAUUUGCCUAAUGUGUUUUUGAAAACAUUAAAUGUUGUGCGUGAAUGUUUUGUAACUUCAUUAAAAAUGUUUCUCUUUUCUGUUCAUGGAAAAUAUUAUCUGAGUCACUGGCCCAUGUGGUCUCCUGUCCUACAACAUGUGGGUCAUUUGAAACACCUAAAGCAAUGAUUGGUCGGCCUUCUCUACAGGCAGUUGUGGCCCCUGAACUGUGUGGCCCACACAUGACUUUUCUGGUAUUUAGAAUGUGGGCCAGAUAUCAGCAUUACUUAUAGGUGUCAUUUUUCUUUAUAGACGCUGGUGGUACAGCUUUCCCUGAGAUGUGUUGCCCACUUUCCAAAUACCAGAUGUGGGCCACUAUGAGUCUAUAAAUCAUUGCUUUAUGUGAACUAAGUAUGAUCAAUUAAAAUCAUUUUAUACUGUACACGUGUAGGCUGAAACCCAUCAAGGCACAGUCCAAGUGGACAUGACAAGUGUCCAUCCAGUCUCCAUCCAGUCCAGUCAUGUCACAUUUCAAACUAAAACACGGCCUACAUUUGGGCUGGCUUAAUUUGUCCAUUAAAUCAAGUUGGGUUUUUUUUGCUUGUUUAACCAAAUGUUGCAGCUUUUCCCACACAGUCAGCUGCAGUUGUAUUUUAUGACUUGGACCAAUGAAAACUACAGGAUGUAAAUAAUGUAAACCAGGCUUCUAGAGUGUCACAUACUGUAACCAAUCUUUAAUAAAUUAUAUGUCUAGAUAUAAUAGUAUCUGUACAAAAACCUGUGUCUAAACAUGUGGCCCAGUUAGCAUUUGUGGUAACCGAUAGUACUGUAUGUGGUAUUGCCAUGGAUUUGCUGCAUUUCCAGAAACAUAUUAGCUCUUGUUAACACCUAGUACACUUACAGUACCGGCACUCGUGCUCUGUACUAUUUGGGCCUAUAUUCUAGGUCACAUUAAAGUAGUUUUCUUCUUGUCGGCUUAGCGCACCGCUAUGUUUGCAACCCACUCCUGUCAAAUGUCACUUUUCUCACCCACAUAAUCUGUUGUUGUUUUCAUAUGUCACUGCUGUGGAACUGAUCACAAAGAACUGAAGCCUUUAAAACACUCGGGUACUAUUUCCACAUCUGUCUUAGAUUGUUUUUAAAUCUUAGUAAAACAAUAACCAAACACACCUUUAUUUUUCAAGACAGCCCAAAAAUGUGUAAAAUCUGUUUGUUUUUUUGACACAACAAAUGAGCGUACAUAAUAAAAUACAACAGUUAGUGUUUCAAUUCAA